AUGCCGACGUAUUUCUGCCCUCUUUGCGGGGUUUGGAUGAGGGGAAUUCUCCCUCCACGUCCUGAUGCCACUGUGCAACGUUUUGAGUGGUUUGAAGAGUUACGAGUUGUUUGCUCAGCCAACGGAGCCGCCAAUCCAUAUCUUACUGGCGUGUGCUUUGGAUUACGAGGGCGAAUGGAAAUUGCGGCGCCCCCAAACUCGAGGGCAAAGUACAACGAUAGUGGCGUCUCGAUGGACAGAUAUCAACUUUAUUAUUCCAAUAAUUUGUUUUGGGUAUUCAGUCUCCAUGAGGCCUGCUGGAGGCUAUUCUCCCUUCAAACCUCUGGGAGCGAAGAGGUUGAUUCAGGAGUUGUUAAUUGCUUAUUCCGCUUACUCCUCUCAGCAUCCGUCGAUGCAUUUGGUCAUCUCUCCUUUCGCCAAGAUGUUGGGGGUGCGAAUAACUUCCGACGUCCGUAUAACAACCCAAUGUCACGAUGUUCGAACACAGCUUGGUCGCUCAUCUUCGCUGAUCCGCACCAAUACCUAGAUCUUAUCGAGCCUGGAAGUGACACCAAUGACAUUGAAACUAUAGAAACCUUCUCCGCUCAUUCAAAGUGCGGUGGCUAUAUCUCACUGGCCGACUGCUUUACUCGACUGCCAAAUGAAUUAAUCCACGAAAUCCUGAUAAAUUUAUCGUCAUGGGAUGUAACGAGAGCUAGGUUAGCUUCAAGAGCAAUCGCUCGCGCAUCAACUAUCGGCGGUCUCCGACAGGAGUUCUGGAGAAGUAGAUUUUCUGCUAAUUUUGAGAUGGGGUUCGCAUUUUCCCCUGCUGUUAAAUUACGACCUUCUUUGGACUGGCACCGCCGAUACUUCGCAGAAGAGGAUAUGGAUUGCGAUAACUCAGAUCACACGUCUGGCUCGAUCCUAUUGAGAGCGAGGCGUCUCCAAGGGAUAAAUGUCUCGGGGGCAGAGUUCAACUCAACAUCCCUAUACAGAGAUCCAUUCUUAGGUCUUAAUGUUAGGCAGGCGGUGAGUGGUAAUUUGAAUGGGGAUAACUGUGUAGCUAUGCCUAGGCCACACCGUCGAGGUUGUCGAGAGCUAGAGGUGAAAUCCAUACCUAUCCCAGCUUCAACCAGAGGGGUGCCAAUUGGAAUAAGCACGGUGGUAUUUGAUAACAGAACAUACAUACCUGGUCUACGGGUAUUUAACGUCGAGUCUGAACUGGCGACAAAUCCCUCAGCCAUGGGUCUGAUUAUAAGAGAAAAUGAGUCUGAAUGUUGGCUACGGUCAGUCGACGACCCGUAUGGAGUGGAGGUAGCUGUUGUCUCUACUGGCAUUAUAUCCUUGCGAUUCAUCACGGGUAACGAUGUGGAUCAAAUGUCUGGUUGGUUUGGAGAACCCCCUACGACUGUUACUGGCGUGGGCUUUUCAAGGCUCUUUGCUCAGGAUGGACAACGAAUCUGUGGCUUCAUGGCAGGUUUUGACGUUCUCAACUUUAUACGGAGGAAGGAUGGGAUGGAAAAGGGUUUCCCUAUUGAUGGUCCUGGUGGUGAAAGGAUUGUUCGAGUAGAUGUGAAAUCCGGUAACCUCAAUGAUGCGUUUGGGAUACAUUCAUUGACAGCACGUACUGGCUCCUUUAUGAACGUCAGCAUCGUCACUCGUAGGCUCGACGAUAUGUCACCUCAAAGCAUGGCGGAACCAAUCAGAAAGGCUAUCAACUACCCGAAGGAUACAAUUGCUGACACUCUUGCAAAGACAGAUGUUGGAAACCACAUCCUUGCAACUAGCUACCGCCUAGACUCUAUUGCUCCGCUACACGAUAUUCGGCGCAUGCUUUUUCCCGCUCUUCAUGACCCUACGCUCAUGCAACCACCUAUCGGACGGACAUGGCUCGUACCUCAGCUCAUCCCUUGGGAAGACCAAACCUCGACCGGCACCAUCGAUCGGAUCCAAUCAAUCACCGCUUAUUCCCAUGCUGAUCUCACCCUUAGCCUACGCUUCAAAUACGCAUCAAGGAAGACCCACCACAUUGGCCCUACCCCCCAUGUCCAACAAUCCACUUCUACCGAGCCGACCUUCAGUGAUAAUGAAACUAUAAUCCAUUUGGAAACAGGGUGUAGUUGGAAAGGGCUGCAUGAAGUCUCCGGCGGACUUCUGGGAACCUUCAGCAAGAACAUCACGGGAGGCUUCUUCCAUCUGAUGUGGAAAUCGACCGUUUCCAAACUUAGGGAUAUCUACUUUUUCUGCGCCCCUUUCGCAUUGGAAGGUUUCUGGCCAGGCUAUCCUACCAACUAUCCAAACAACUUUGAAUGCGCCUUUGCUCACAUGAAUCCGAAAAAUAUCAACGGCAAAGUCACUCUAAAGUCAGCAAAUCCCCAAGACACGCCCGAGAUCAAUCUUGGAUUUUUCUCCAAGGGCAACGAUGACAAUCUUCAGGCUAUGUUCGAGGCGGCGAAGUUUGCUAGAGGUAUAUUUUCCAAAAUACCGGCCAACACUUUCAAGGAAAUGCAUCCUUGUACCCAACCAGGUUGUACCGAUGAGGACCAAAAGGAUUACCUCCGAACUCAGAUCUACUCGCACCACGCCACCAGUUCUGCUGCCAUCGGUGCAGAUGAUGACCCAAUGGCUGUCCUGGACUCCAAGUUCCGUGUCAGAGGUGUCGACAAUCUCCGUGUCGUUGACGGCUCUGCUUUCCCUAGAGUACCUGGGGCAUUCCCUGUGAUCCCAACAUUUAUGAUUAGUGAGAAAGCUGCGGAAGAAAUUCUUGCAGCUGCUACAUAA